AUGGAGGAACAUCUGUCUAUCUAUCUAUCUAUCUAUCUAUCUAUCUAUCUAUCUAUCUACUCAUCACAUUCUUUUCAAUUUUCAUCAAUGUCUCUCACCUUCAUAUCUAUCUAUCUAUCUAUCUAUCUAUCUCAGUUUGUUCUUAUCUAUCUAUCUAUCUAUCUAUCUAUCUAUCUAUCCCAGUUUGUUCUUAUCUAUCUAUCUAUGUCAUUAAUUGUCACAUGCCUCACUUCGUUAAUCAACAGCCGGAGAAGUACUAUCUAUCUAUCUAUCUAUCUAUGUCACUAUUCAUGUCUAUCAUUGUUCAUAUCUAUCUAUCUAUGUCACUAUUCAUCUAUCUCAUUGUUCAUAUCUAUCUAUCUAUCUAUCUAUCUAUCUAUCUAUGUCACUAUUCAUGUCUAUCAUUGUUCAUAUCUAUCUAUCUAUCUAUCUAUGUCAUUAUUUAUGUCUAUCAUUAUUCAUAUCUAUCUAUCUAUCUAUCUAUCUAUCUAUCUAUCUAUAUGGGGGUAUCUAUCUAUCUAUCUAUCUAUCUAUCUAUCUAUCUAUCUAUCUCAUUCUGUUCGUAUCUAUUAG